GCCGCCGCCGCCGCCGCCGCCGCUGCCGCCGCUGCUCGCACCAACAGACAGAUUUCCUGUGAAAACUGUUAAAACGUUGGCUGUGAGCAGGAAGUCCUGCUGUCUUCCUCACAGUGAUCCGACCCCCCCACAUCCCACAGGUCAGGGUUACAUUCACUGUUCACCACCACCCUGCUCCAGAACAUCAUGUAGGUGGCACAGCUAGUUUCCAUGAGAAUAACUGGAAAUGAACCUGGAAUUUAAAGGUUGGUUCUUCACUGAGCGUGCUCAGAGCUGAUACACCUGGACAUGCAGGACCAGGUGGGACAUAUGGGGACCAGGUGGGACAUGUGGGUACCAGGUGGGACAUAUGGGGACCAGGUGGGACAUAUGGGGACCAGGUGGGACAUAUGGGGACCAGGUGGGACAUAUGGGGACAGUUCUGUUCAGAGUCGUAUGCAUGUGUUUAUAAAACAAAAAGGAUAAUUCAGAAAUGUGACACAGUUACAGGUAAUUAAAGUUAUUU